AUGGAGGGCAGCGCCCCUAGCCGGUUUAUCCUGGCCGACAUCAAUCAGAGCGCAGCAGGUUGGGACGAUUUCUGCAAUGCUGAGGACACCGAGGCUCUCUAUGAAUGGCUAAAGACCGUCAACGACCAACAGCCAGUUCCUAGGUUCGUCGACAUCGUGACCAACCUCAACAUCUUCGCGGACGCUUCUCAGUUGGCCUUCUGCGUCGACAUCCGUGGGUCUUGUCUGCCCUACACCAGGCUCUGUGGUCGCUACGGUCUCUUUCCGCCUGCUCAGCGGACUAACCACACCAUAGUCCAGAAGGAACUCUGCUCCUUGCACCUCGCCGUGCAGCUCUUGGCCGAGAUCGACGUCGUAUUCCGCGAACAUGGCCCCCGUCCCUUGUCCUACACUGUCUAUACCGACUCCGAGAUCAACCUACACCGACUACGCCAAGACCCUGCCAGGGACGACAAGCUCGGUCGGUAUGAACGGCGACGGCUACGACUCAUUAGGUCUCAGUCUGCGUUAUUAGCCGCCUCCGGGGUCUCUGUUGUUAUCCGCCACGUCGGUGGUGAUUGUAACCCCAGUGAUGUCUGUACCAGGCGGCCUCCACGAGGCACGGUACUCCGUCCAACUGAUCCUGACAUCAUCCACAAGGGCGUACUCCUGAGUUCAGAUACCUUUGUGUUCAAGGCGGCGCCCCAGGAGAAGUGUGAUACCCCACUUGAAGUUAAUUUGGUCGAUUCCAUUGACUUCGGCGUCUCGCUUGACACUCUUCGUCAAGCACAAGAGGCUUGUGGGCGAGUUUGUGCUAUACGGCAGCGUAUUUCCGACGGUGAAGACAAGUAUCACAAGGUCAACGACGAUGGCCUAGUCGUGAGAGUCACGGCCCUCGAAAUUCCAGACGACGCCGACACCCACACCGAUGUCCUGCCCCAGAUCCUCGUGCCCGACGCUGCCCUGCAAGUACCGUUGGCCAAAGCUGCCCAUGAGUUCUCGCACCGCGGUCGUCGUGGUACCUUGAAGCUCUUGCGCAAGACGUACUUUUGGCGUAAGAUGCGCACGACUGUGAAGCAUGUCUGCGACGAUUGCCGUCCUUGCCAGCUCAGCAAGUUCGAUCGCAUUGCCAAAUGCUCUCUAGGCUCCACUAUGCCAUGGAUUGGAGGCCUAGGUCCUGGCAGAGUCUGCUCGAUCGAUUUCACUGGACCGUAUGGAUGUCGGGAUCGAGAUGGCCAUCUAUCUCAGGACAGACACAACUUUGGCAUCACCGUGACGGAUCUGAUGACUGGUUACACUAGAGGCGCGACGACCCCCACCAAAUGCUCAGCCGAUGCUACCCAUGCGCUUCAGAUCAUGUUCGACAGCUCUGAUUGGGUAUCGGUAUUGAUCGCCUCUGACCAGACGUUCCGAUCGGCCGACUUUCGCUACUGGUGUCAAGUCCACAAGAUAUCGUUAGUACUACUCCCAUCUUAUAGUCCGAGUCUGAUGGGACACGCUGAGCGUACUCACAAAGACAUCCACAACUACAUGCGUACUGUUGCUCAGCAGUCUGGUGGCCUUGAAGACUGGACGACGACAUUCCAUCGGGCGAUUCGGGUGGUGAACACUUGUCCUUACGCUGACUCUGAUAAUGAUGGCGGUCUGUCUCCUCAUGACAUGCAUUACAUCAGCAAGGCUCGUAUUCCCGAAAUCGAACCUGUCGAUUUAAGGCUCGGUGACAAACUAUACCCCGGUCUAGACUCGUCCCCGCCUAUUGUCCCCACCGAUGUGUACGAGGAUGUGAACGCCAUCAGGAAGCAACGAUGGGCUCAGUUCAAGGUUGGUUGGCUGGAUCGUCGAGAGAAGACCCGUUUGGAAACCCUACGUCGCCCCGCACUCCCCUCUUUAAGCCCCGGUGAUCAUGUCUAUAUAUGGCAGCCCAUGACUAGAAAGUUAUUGUGGAGAUGGCGUGGGCCCUACAUAGUCCGAGGUAUCGACCACUCUAUUGUCACGAUCACCGGGCGUAGGGGAAUGGAGGAGAGAGUUCACCUCGGCAAUUGUCGGAAGGUAGAAGCCGGGGAGGUUGAGGAAGGUGUAACCGAGUCUCCCGUGGACGACGAUUUGCUCGACGAAGUCGAUGUUCCCGACCAGCUCUCCGGUGCCGAGGAUGAGCCCGACAUCUCGGCCGAAAGCUGGCCCUUUGGGGAUGUCCCCAACCCCGUGAUUUCCCCUAUGCCAGCUGAGCCAGGCCCUACCCUCACUGCCUCACCGAGCCCUGAUCCUGCCCUCGAUGCGAAGUGUCGCCAAGUUCGCAGUCGCAUUGGUCUCGACGUUGCGGUCGUGGAAUAUGAUGAUGAUGGUGGCUACAAACUCGAGUUUGGAAGGUUCGAGUUCAUGAUUUAA